CUGCUUGUCUGUCUGUCUAUCUCGUCCUGUCUGUUGCUCCAUGCUGGCAACAGCAUCUGCACUGUUGGCAGGAGUGACCAGAAUAAAAACAGGAACACCAGACAUCGGGGAGGGAAAAAGGCAAAGUGAUCCAUUGAACGCUAGACUUUGCCCUAUCCUAAUUACGUCGUGUCCUGUAUCUUUUUCUCUCUUUUCCUUUUUUUCCACUCUCCAAGACUUUGGGCUAUCGUGGUAGUCAGAUAGAGGAGCAUAAAACGUGCAUAUCCAGGAGAGAGGUGCCGUAUUGUGGAGCGAGAUGGCUACCAGAGAGGUUCUGCUGUUCUUCUGUGGACUCUUCCUCGUUGCUGUGAUUCAACCGUCCCUCCAAGGCGGUGUGUUCGUGCCUGCUGGUGCAGGAGUUGGACCAGGUGGAGUUGGACCAGGUGGAGUAGGACCAGGUGGGGCGGGACCGGGAGCGGCCCUCUUUCCAGGUGCCGGGAGAGUACCUGCGGGCUACAAACCGGCUAAAGCAGCGGCGGGAGGUUAUGGAGGGGGUCGAGGUAUAGGGCCUGGGGGGUUUCUUCCCGGUGGUCAUGGAACAGGUGGCUUGGGCACUGGAGGACUGGGUGCAGCAGGAGCCGGUGGAAAGGGUCCCAAACCAGGCUAUGGGAACCUCGGUGCUGGGAGUCUAGGUGCUGGGGGUCUAGGUGCUGGUAGUCUAGGGGCUGGAGGUCAAGGGGCCGGAGGUCUUGGGGCUGGUGGAGUCGGAGCAGGAGGUGGCUACGGUGGAUACAGAGGGCCCGUCGGUGGAGCAGGUGGCUUUUUCCCUGGUGGAGCGGGGCAGAAGGGUCCUAAACCAGGCUAUGGAGCACAUGGCGUGCGUCUAGGUGGACUAUACCCAGGCUACGGGGGAGUCUUGCCAGGAGCCGGGUUGGGAGGCGCUGGUCUGCAGCCAGGCCUAGGCGCAGGAGUCAAAGGUCCCAAACCACCGAAAGGAGGAUAUGGGCCUGGUGGUGCUGGAUACGGGCCUGGUGGUGCAGGAUAUGGGCCUGGUGGUGCAGGAUAUGGGCCUGGGGGUGCUGGAUACGGGCCUGGUGGUGCAGGAUAUGGGCCUGGUGGUGCUGGAUACGGGCCAGGUGGUGCUGGAUACGGGCCUGGGGGUGCAGGAUACGGGCCUGGGGGUGCUGGAACCGGAGCUGCAGUUCCUGCUGGAGUGCCUGUCAUUCCCCAGACGGGACUGCCGGGAGGAAUCAAUCCUGCUGCUGCAGCUGCUGCUGCUAAGAAAGCUGCAAAACUGCCAGGUGUUGGCCUGCCUGGCCUGUACCAAGGAGGCCUCGUACCAGGACAAGGGUUCGGUGGUCUUGGAGUUCUCCCCGGGGUAGCCACUGGCACUGGACUAAACCCUAAAUCACUUCCCGGCGGAGCUCAGGGAGGAGCAGGCACAGCAGGAGGCCGUGGCUACGGUGGACCAAUGCAACCCGGGGUGUUCCAUGGAUAUCCGCUCAAAACACCCAAAGUGCCAGGUGCCUAUGGAGCAAAGAAAGCUGCUGGUGGCAAAGUUCCAUAUGGCUAUGGGGGCUUCGGGACCGGGGGAGCUGGCAGUCUUCCUGGUGGGCAAGGAGGUGCCGGGUCCAACCCGGGGUACCCCAUCGGAACCGGGGUGGGCGCAGGAGGAAUCUCACCGGCCCAGGCUAAAGCUGCCAAAUACGGUGUGGCUGCGGGUGCAGUGCCAGGUGGUGUACCGGGAGCUGGAGGUGUCUACCCAGGACAAGCCUACCCCGGUCAGGCCUACCCAGGACAACAGCCAGGGCAAGCCUACCCAGGACAAGCCUACCCAGGACAGCAGCCAGGGCAAGGAGGUAUACCACUAUACUAUGGUUACGGAGCUAGUGCAAAGGCAGCUAAAUACGGUCUUCCAGGGGCAGGGGCGGUCCCGGGUGCUGGGGUAGUGGCUGGAGGUGCAGGCCUCCCUGGGGGAGUCCCAGGAGGAGUCCCUGGAGGAGUCCCUGGAGGAGUCCCAGGAGCUGGGGGGUAUUCAGCGGCGGCUAAAGCUGCUAAAUAUGGACUAGGAGGAGCUGGUCUCGGAGCCGGAGGAUACAACCCUGCAGCAGGGGGAUACAACCCCGCAGCAGGGGGAUACAACCCCGCAGCAGGGGGAUACAACCCCGCCGCAGGGGGAUACAACCCUGCAGCAGGGGGAUACAACCCUGCAGCAGGGGGAUACAACCCCGCUGCCGCCAAAGCUGCUAAAUAUGGACUAGGAGGAGCAGGUCUCGGAGCAGGAGUAGGGCCAGGAGCAGGUGGACAAGCUGCAGGAGGACCAGGGGCAGGCCUUGGGGGAAGAGGAGUAGGAGCCGGAGGAUACAACCCCGCUGCCGGAGGAUACAACCCCGCUGCCGGAGGAUACAACCCCGCUGCCGGAGGAUACAACCCCGCUGCCGGAGGAUACAACCCCGCUGCCGGAGGAUACAACCCCGCUGCCGCCAAAGCUGCUAAAUAUGGACCUGGAGGAGCAGGCCUCGGAACAGGAGGAGUAGGACCAGGAGGAGCAGGCCUUGGGGCAGGGGGAUACAACCCCGCUGCCGGAGGAUACAACCCCGCUGCCGCCAAAGCUGCUAAAUAUGGACCUGGAGGAGCAGGCCUCGGAACAGGAGGACUAGGGGCAGGAGGAGUAGGACCAGGAGGAGUAGGACCAGGAGGAGUAGGACCAGGAGGAGUAGGACCAGGAGGAGCAGGCCUUGGAGCAGGAGGAUACAACCCCGCUGCCGGAGGAUACAACCCUGCUGCCGCCAAAGCUGCUAAAUAUGGAACAGGAGGAGUAGGAGCAGGCCUUGGAGCAGGAGGAUACAACCCUGCAGCAGGAGGAUACAACCCUGCAGCAGGAGGAUACAACCCUGCAGCAGGAGGAUACAACCCUGCAGCAGGAGGAUACAACCCUGCUGCCGGAGGAUACAACCCUGCUGCCGCCAAAGCUGCUAAAUAUGGACCUGGAGGACUAGGAGGAGCAGGAGGACAAGGAGGAGCAGGAGGACUAGGAGGAGCAGGAGGACUAGGAGGAGCAGGAGGACUAGGAGGAGCAGGAGGAGGGGGAAGAGGAGUCGGAGCAGGAGGAUACAACCCCGCUGCCGGAGGAUACAACCCCGCUGCCGGAGGAUACAACCCCGCUGCCGCCAAAGCUGCUAAAUAUGGUCUAGGAGGAGUAGGACCAGGAGGAGUAGGACCAGGAGGAGUAGGACCAGGAGGAGUAGGACCAGGAGGAGUAGGACCAGGAGGAGCAGGCCUGGGAGCAGGAGGAUACAACCCCGCAGCCGGAGGAUACAACCCUGCUGCUGCCAAAGCUGCUAAAUAUGGAUUAGGAGGAGUAGGCUUUGGAGCAGGAGGAACGCGUCCAGGAGCCGGAGGAGCGGGAACAGGAGCAGGAGGAUACAACCCUGCAGCAGGAGGAUACAACCCUGCAGCAGGGGGAUACAACCCUGCAGCCGGGGGAUACAACCCUGCAGCAGGGGGAUACAACCCUGCAGCCGGAGGAUACAACCCCGCAGCCGCCAAAGCUGCUAAAUAUGGACUAGGAGGAGCAGGAGGAGCAGGAGGAGCAGGUGGACAAGUUGCAGGAGGACCAGGGGCAGGCCUCGGAGGAAGAGGAGUAGGAGCCGGAGGAUACAACCCUGCUGCCGGAGGAUACAACCCCGCUGCCGCCAAAGCUGCUAAAUAUGGAGUCCAACAAGGCAUAGGAACUGGUCUGGUCGCCGGAGGGUACUCUGCUGCCGCCAAGGCUGCCAAAUAUGGUGUGGACGUUAAUGCAGCGCCCAUUAGUGUUGCAGGAGGAGCAGGGGGGCCUACAGUAGGGGGAGCACUGCCUGAACCAAGAGGAGAUGGAGGAUUCGCUGACUCCAAGACUGAUAAAUAUGUGGAAUCAGGGAUCACCGGCACCGGUAUACACUUGCACCCCACUCCAGGGCAGGCUGUGGAGGUGCAGCCAGGUCUAACGGGUGGGGCGUCUCCGGCUGGGACGGGUGUCCCUGUCGCUAGUAAACCAGCAAAGGAAGUAGGUUUAGAAGGAACGCCUGGCCCAGAGUCCACGCCUAUUGCCCCAGAGGUCACAAAGCCGAGUGUUGGUGGUGGAGUUGUUCAACCUAGUGGCGCUGCUGAAACUGGUCUGAAACCAGCAAAGAGUUAUGUAGCAGUUGGGACUGGGGGAACUGGCGGCGGAGGGAUUCGUAACCCCUGGCUCGGCUACGGAAAUCCCUACGGUGCUGGAGUGGGCCUGGGAGGCGGGCCCGGAGGUGUGCUGCCCUUAGCUAAACCACUGAAGCCCCCAGCGUUUGGUGGAGCCGGCGGGGCUGGCAUUCCUCUGUCGGCCGGACUUCCUGCAGGAGGAUACGGUCCAUACGGUCCAUAUGGUCAAGGUUAUGGACAGGGUGGACAGGUGUACCCUGCUACUGGGGGGCUGGGACCCGGUGGAGCAGGAGGUUACGGCAAUCUGGGAGCUGCUGGGGGGUAUCCACAAGGUGCUGUUGCUCCAGGUUACGGUGGUGGAUACCCACAGCAGGCUGGAGGUGGAUAUGUCCCUGCCCCACUGACUCCUCAACAAGCCAAAGCAGCAAAGUAUGGAGCGUUGGGGGGAUUCCUUGGGGGUGCAGGAGGAGGAGCCUACCGGGGUUGCCAGGGGAAGUUUUGUGGCAGGAGGAAGUAACGGAUCUCUGGGCUACGCUGUGACCUCAAGAAACCAUGGUGCUACUGCAUGAUGUCGAAUGUACAUUUUGUAUGCAAACACAUCCCCCGAUUAGAGAGCAUGUAGGGAUGGUUGAUACUUACUUUGUCCUACAGACCCACCGACUCAGAAUUUUGUAAAACUUAUCUUUGAUGAAGCUAGUUGAACUGAUGAAUGAUAUGAUAACAUGUCCGUUUAUCAUAUGAUGACAUGACAUUUCUUUUGUUUUGUUUGUUGUACCGCUUAUAGGGUCAGAUGAAGAAAGUGUUAUUGAACAGACAACCUGCCCUCAUUGCUACUAGGUUAACUAGUAUUUGUGUAAUGGACAACAUGCCAGUUUCUCAAAAUGAGAAACUGGUGGCCCUCAAAUAAAAUAAAAAAGUCCAAUAAAAUAAAUAAAAACUAGAAUAUAGAAAUAGUUAAAUAUUUUAAAUUCAAGAGAAACAGUGUUUUUUGCAGGGGUCUGUGUUUAUGCCCCUUCAACCUAGCCUGGUGAAAGAUCACUUGUGUAGAGGACAAAGGGAUUGACACGUGCGUGCUAACACAACCGUACAAUACCAUCUUGUAAUCGACUGUGCACACUGUAGGCAUUUGGUCCUCCAUCCUUGGAUGUGUUAGGGUUCUCAAACCACCACCCUGCAUAUCCUAUGGAGGUGGAGGUGAGAGGUAGAAGGCAUGUCCCUGGUGCUGACGCAUACUUCUUCAUGGUGCAUGUUCUCUGUUCAUGUUAAGCUUGUGACUGUAAAGAGCAGCCAGUUUGCCAGGUUGUUAUGACCUGCUCUCCUCAACAAUGGUCAUUCUAUGCAGUUAAGCAGCCCUGAUGUCACCUUAUUUCUAUCAUGACCAAAAGUGUAAAUGAAUGAAGGACCGUUUUGUGCUCAGGAUUAUUGUAUACCAGAAGGUGUUUCAUGUCCUUAAAAAAAAAACGUUAGGAUACUGCUCUGGUAUGUACAUUGUUGCAGGACAAUGACUUAUUAAUUGAGUGUAGUCUCACUAAUUAAGGCUUUCUGUAUUUACAUUUAGGCAACUUGUCAUUAUUCAAGAUUCUGUUUUCACCCAACCUUAUUUUCCUCAUCAUUUUGUCAUUAGCAGGUAUGUCUGAACAAGAAGUGAGAAAAUAUGUUUUAAACUUUGCUUCAGCAUUUAUUCAAUGUUGAGAAUUAUACUGACUAAGAGCUUUUUUUAAAGAUGGAGACUACCUAUGUGUUUAUGCCCUGUCUAAGUGGGACUUUACCGACUUGAGUUACAUUAAAGGAAGUCUCACGCGUGAUCAGCUCAACUAAUAAUAGACCCUCUUUAUAUAUGUGUGUACUGUAUUUUAUACCAGUUUGACUUAAGCGCACUUGGUUGUAUUUCGUGCUUCUGUAAGAACUAUAUUUGAGCCUUGCUAGGUCCAACCUUGUCUUCUGUGCCGUGAGAUACUAUGUUCAUCUUAAUUUAAAAAAAGAAAUUAAAAGGAGAACCAUGGGGAUUUUGCACUUUUUUGUAUUUCUACGACACACUAUGACAUGCGCCAGACAUCCUGGCAUUUUAUUUGCUUCAUAAGAUAACAAAAUAAAAUGUGUUUAAAAAAUCAA